UCCUCCAGUGCCGCAGGUGGCGCCGCGGCGUCUGUUAACUCACUCGAUUGUCUGCCUGUCCGCAGACACACGUGUGAAGAUGGAGGGGCUAAGGCUGGAGUUUCAUGAGAUGGGUUUAGAUGAUCGAAUGUUAAAGGCUCUGGCUGAUUUGGGCUGGGCUCAUCCCACCCUCAUUCAAGAGAAAGCCAUUCCACUGGCACUGGAAGGGAAAGACCUGAUGGCCCGAGCUCGAACCGGUUCGGGAAAAACCGCAGCCUAUGCCGUACCAGUAAUCCAGCGGAUCCUCACCUCCAAACAGACGGUUCGUGAGCAGGCGGUUAGAGCUCUGGUCCUGGUCCCGACCAAAGAACUUGGCCAGCAGGUCCAGACCAUGAUCAGACAGCUGACGGCAUUCUGUAGCAGAGAUGUCAGAGUUGCAGACAUCUCCAGCACAGCGGAUAUAUCGGCGCAGAAGCCCAUUUUAAUGGAGAAACCGGAUAUUGUGGUUGGCACGCCAUCCCGAGUUCAGGCUCACAUCAGUGCUCAGAAUCUGACGCUCUCAUCAUUAGAAGUUCUGGUCAUUGAUGAAGCCGAUCUGCUUUUCUCCUUUGGGUUUGAAGGCGACCUGAAAAUCCUGCUGUGUCAUCUACCCAAGAUAUAUCAGGCCUUCCUCAUGUCUGCUACACUGAACGAUGAAGUUCAGGCUCUGAAAGACCUCGUCCUUCAUAAUCCCGUUACGUUGAAGCUGCAGGGUUCUCAGCUUCCAGACGCUUCACAGCUCCAGCAGUACAGCGUGAAGUGUGAGGAGGAGGACAAGUUUCUGCUCAUCUACACCCUCCUGAAGCUCGGCCUGGUUCGAGGAAAGACGCUCAUAUUUGUCAACGCUGUGGAACGAUGUUACAGACUCAAACUGUUUCUGGAGCAGUUUAGCAUUCCUGCAUGCGUCCUGAACUCGGAACUGCCAGUUCACUCCAGGUGUCACAUCAUCUCUCAGUUUAAUCAUGGAUUCUACGAUUACAUCAUUGCCACAGACGAACAUGAACUAGAAAGUCCUGCUUCAAGUUCCCAGAAAUCCCAGGGAAAAGGAAAUAAAAAGAAAGCAGGGAAAAGUGGAAAAGGCAAAGACAAGGAGUAUGGUGUUUCCAGAGGGAUUGACUUUCACAACGUCUUCAAUGUCAUCAACUUUGAUUUCCCAUCAUCAGUCGAGUCGUACAUCCAUCGUGUCGGCAGAACGGCUCGGGCAGACAAACCUGGCACUGCUCUGUCACUCAUAUCUCACACAGAACUUUCUCUGCUUGAAGAGGUGGAAAGGGCUCUCAUUGGAGACGCCUCAGAUUGCGUCCUGAAACCGUACGGCUUCAAGAUGCAGGAAAUCGAAGCGUUCAGAUACAGAUGUCGGGAUGCAAUGAGAUCGGUGACGAAACAGGCGGUGAAAGAGGCCCGACUGAAGGAGAUCAAACAGGAGCUUCUGAAUUCAGAGAAGUUGAAGACGUACUUCGACGACAAUCCCAGAGAUCUCCAGCUGUUACGACACGAUAAAGAUCUUCAUCCCGCCGUUAUCAAACCUCAUCUGAAAAAUGUCCCAGAGUACCUGAUUCCGAAUGCAUUGAAAAGUCUUGUCAAUCCACUGUACGGACGAAAGCGAAGGUUCAGAACAAGAGGAGUGGAUGGGAUGAGAAGCAGCUUUAAGAAGAAUUUCAAAACCAAAAAUCCACUCAAGAGUUUCCGAUACAGUAAGAAGAAACAUACAGAGAAGAAGAGCAGUAAAUCCUAACAGCAGAUGAUUUCUGAACUGUGUAGUAAUUCAGAACUUAUGCAUUGUGGAAAACUAACCAUGCCGAUUGUGUACAGUGAAAGAAGAGGCACAGAGUGUGACGGAUGUUAUAAGUAUAAAUUAUAUUUGAAUCAGACGUCUCACUAUAUGUUUGAAAUAUUCUUGAUGGGUAUUGUAAUAUUGUAUCUUUCAUCAUUACUAAAAGUGUACUUCAUUCAA